UCAAUUGUGAUAUCUUGUGGCUGUUGUGGACUUGUGGCAUAACAAAAUUAUGAUUUUCUCGCAUCAAUUUAUUCUCUAUAAUUGCUUUUCUGGUGGUUUGCUUUCAAUAUUAAUCCAGUUGUGCUAACUCAUGUCACAGGACUGGACCAGUGAUAGUGAUGGCAGUGAUAAGUUUGAGUGGGACAGUGAUGGUGAGGCCGAGGCCUCAUCUGCUCCGGCUAUGAGGAACUUCGAUGCUCCUGGCCCAUCCACACUCAGUUCCAAUGGGUGGAUCAACGGGGAAGCGCCGCCUACUUCUUUGAUCGAGGGAUAUGUGGAAAUGGGCUUCCCAAAAGAGAUGGUCAUGAGGAGUAUUAAGGAGAUUGGACAUGGUGAUGCAGAUGCGCUGCUCGAGCUACUCCUCACGUAUAAGGCACUAGGUGAUGAUGAUGAUGCACUGGGCAAUCACUCUACUUCUGGCUGCAACCUCCCUAUUGUUGAAGAUGAUGAUGAUCUUGAUUUUGAGAACUGGGAUGGCGAUGAUGAUACUGGUGGUAGAGAGUCAAGCUCUGAUGAUUCUGGUUAUGAGGUAAAUGAUUUCUUAUCUCCAGUUCAGCAGCAAAGAAUUCCUACUGUUUUGAGCUUUCAUCAGUGUAGUAUUGCAUUGUGAAGUUUGAGCACUUGAUUUUUCUACAUAGAAUUUUCACCAUGUUAAAGUUUUUUUUUCCUAUAAGAGAGUAAUAUAAGGAGUGAGUUUAAUAACGUUAGACAAUACCUCCCGCAGAGUAAUCAAACAAACUGGAAAACAGUAGAAACUGAGUGUAUUAUUGUCCUGCUUCUUUGUGAAUUUCAUGAAUCAGAAAAUUAAUUUCUGUUAGACACCACUUGUUUUCUCUUCAGUUCGUAUGCAUUUGAAAGUCAGUAACAAGUCUUACGAUUUGUGGAUUUAUUUUUCUACAAGCAAAUUAUUUGAAAAUGAUUAUAAUGCUGGAAAAGAACAUCACUUACCACAUUAAUUAGUUGCAUCAAACUGCCGUCCAAGACCAACCUCAGGAAAGCAACAUCU